AUGUCUCAGACUGAGGACAUCCUCAACUCCAUCCUUCCACCGAGAGAGUGGACGCAGGAGGAUCAACUCUGGGUGCAGUACGUGUCCAGCACGCCAGCCACACGUGCGGAUGUAGUCAAUCUUCAAGAAGAUCUAGACAAGUGGCUGCAGCAAAGACAGGCUCGUGAGACUGGCAUAUGUCCCAUCCGUGAGGAGCUCUAUUCGCAAUGCUUUGAUGAGCUGAUUCGACAGGUCACCAUAAUUUGCGCUGAGCGUGGAUUGUUGCUGCUUCGUGUCCGAGACGAAAUCAGGAUGACCAUUUGCGCCUACCAAAGCCUCUACGAGUCUUCGAUUGCCUUUGGCAUGCGCAAGGCACUGCAGGCGGAGCAGCGACGCAACCAACACAACAAGAAGAUGAAGGACCUGCAAGUUGCCAACAAGAAGCUGCGAGAUGAGGUAGAGGAGUUGGAGAACAAGAUUACGCAGAUCGAGAAGCAUGAGGCAGAACGUCGUGAGCAGGAAGAAAGGAAGCACAAAGAAGAGGUUGAGAUUCUGAAGAAGAUGAACGCUCAGCGAAAGGAAGCCACGAUUGUGAAAUCUCAGUGCACCAAUUGUCCUGUAGUUUGCAUUCUGUUUGUGUAUGCCAAGGAGUUGCAAGCGUACUCACGUGACCCAACAGCAUAUACUGCUCAACAAAGUCAUAGAAGUGGACGUGGUGCGUUUCUCUGCUGCGUGCCUUUCAACAAAAGAAAUGCAUGUACGUAA